UCCGGCCGGAGGAGGAACCGGAUGGUGCUGUUGCUGUUGCUGCAUCAUCCACUGUUGCUGCUGAUACUGCGGAUCCGACGCAGCCAUCUGAGGUGCGACUCCAGCUCCCGGCUGCUGCAUCAUGUUUUCCAGGUGGGCGAAGGGCGGAGAAGCGUAUAGCCUUUAAUCGGAAGGAAGGGCGAGAUCUAGGCGUAACGAAACAGAUUAGGGAAACCCUAAUCGCAGAGGAGAGAAAGGGGCGAAAAGGUUUGAAG